AUGCGGAGAGAUGUCAAGAGCGACGAAGGCAAACAAAAAAUUCUUUUUGUGACCGGGGCAGGUACGGAUGUUUUCCCGUUUCUCCGCCUCAGUGUCGGCAGCGGCAUUCCCCUCUACCGCAAGGCCAGCUCGGCGUUUGAGGGCGGGGCCUUAAGCCAGGCGAAAAGGCGUCGGCGAGGGGAUGGGAGAAAUGAGAGCGCCCGCGGCCGCAGCGACGAGGCAGAAGAAAAGGAAGAGGCGAGACGCUCGUCCACAGACUCCAGUGAAAGGAGAGUCGAGGGGGAGACGGCGAGUCCAGCUUCUUCGGCGGGGCGGCGUUCUCUGGAACCUGCAGUUGUUUGGGACGGAGAAGACGCAGGCGAGACGGGAAAAGCGAGAAAGAAAACCAAACAAGGAAGAGGAGAAAAACGCCUGGGAAGCGCAAUGCCGCAACAGAGAACGCGCGGCAUGGCAUCGGAAGACUGGGGCCUUGUCUCCACCUUUCGCCGAGAAAAAGAGAGAUGGUUUUCUUCUUUCUGGUACCGAGCACAUGACCCGCGCCUGUUUCGGCGCGCGUUUCCCUCCCCUGGCCACUUUGUCCUCGCCUUUCUUCUUCUCUCGCGGCCCUCGUCCGUUCUUCUCGUCACCCAGAAUGUCGACCGGAUGCACCACGUCGCUCUCGUCAUCCUGAGAGACGCGAUGGCCACGCAGCUCUGUCGGAAGGCACUGGAGAGGGAAAAGAAACUGCAGAAAGCCACAGGUGCGGAGACAGAACAGACGGCGGAGAGAGAGAACGAAGGGACACAAGAGCGAAAGAUGGAGGCGCACCGCGGAGAAGAAAGAGGGGAAGAAGGAGGAUCUUCUCUUUCGGCCUCACGAGUCCCUAAAGCGGUGUGGCGGGGCCUGGCGACCCGUGGAGGUUGGUGGCGAAUCCCUGACGCAUGCGGCGUCGACGGGCAGGCAGGAGAGAAGAACGUGUAUGAACUCCAUGGAUCCAUUUACAGCUACAGGUGCUCGGGGUUGCUUCCAUCAUCUCGUGUGCUCCUUUCCAGCGUCGCGGGAGGAGACCAGAGAAAAUUCGCGUCCGAAAGGGAGCGACGAGGAGCGAGAGAAACAGUGAAGAACGAACAGGAUGAGGCGGACAGGACUGCGGUUUCCACCUCGCUAAGGUCGGCAGGCGAAAGAGACGAACGACUGAUCUGGCGAGAAGCAGAGAGUGGGGGAAGCGGAGACGCGUCUUGCGCUUUCCGCUUCCAUCUUCCGCUCCACGAAACGCAGGUCGCGUGGUGUCCGUACCCUGCAGAAAAAGGUACGACGCCAGAAAAGAAGAAAGCGCAUCGUGGAGAGGACGCAUGGAGAAGCGAAGAGAAGGAGAAGGCGGAAAACGAGUCGCUCGACGAGGCAGCUGGAGACGAAGGCGCGCUUCAGAUCGCAAACCGGCGCUUCCCUCGGACUCCUUGCGAGACGCUGGAUCCCUGGAGUGCGCCCUCGCCGAGCGACGAUUUCGUUUCCGCGUCUCCAUUUCCUUCGGCCUCUUCUCUCUCUGUUUUGCCGACAUUCCCUUCCGCGCGCCUCCACCCUUCGUCUGAGGCUCUGGAGAAAGCCCGGAGUAGCUCGAUUAUGCUGCCUGUCUGCCCGUCGUGUUCUUCCCUCUGUCUGCCUCUGUGCCUCUGGUUCGACGAGUCUCUCUUUCUCUCGCCCCACAGCGCCUUCGAGAGCCCCGCGGCUUUCCGCCACGCCUUCCUUUUUCUUGGCGGGGUGAAGAGUGCGAAAGAGAGCGACGUGAAUCGGUCAAGAGACACCGCAUCCGGAGGCUCGCCGCGCCCUUCCUCGCGGGCAGAAGAGCAGACAAACGACGGAGCAAAAGAAGAAAAGGAAGAAACGCGAGACGAAACAGCCGAAACAGAGCGAGGCCGCGGUGGCGAGAAGACGCAGGGAGGCGGGAAACGAGGGAGAGCAGGAGAAAGCACAAUGGAGGACCUUUCUUUCUCUCCGAGUUUCGAAACGAGAAACGGUGAGGGCGGCGCCACUGAGCCUCCCGGCUCGGCUCUUGGAGCUUCUUUGCAGUUUCCGCCUUCAGCCUUCUCGGUAGACGUUCAAGAGAGUGCACCGUCUCUGGUUUUUGUGGGAACAUCGUUCAGCACGGCCUCUACAGACUGGCCUGUGCUGCUUCACUCGCACGCAGUGAAGGCGCGGCGCCUUUUCCGCAGCCGCACGCACAGUUGGGGAGAAAGCGAAGGAGAAAAGGAUUCGAGACUCAGAAAGGCCGCAGGUUUCGAGAACGGAAGCUCCACUGCUCCGCGGCAUCAGACAGAAGGCGCAGAAUCCACCCGGAGGCAGUCAGGGAGAAACGGCGCGUCUGGAGAAACACAAACUUUUGGAGGACCCGAGGCUGGUGGCGAGGUGUUUUGCAUCAACAGCGGCAGCUGCCUGGACGCCUCCUACGAGGCGACAGAGCGACAGAAGGCGUUUCUGGACUCGCAGUAUGCGGCGCUGUUCACCGCAGCUCGAGCGCGCGUGCCGACCCCGCGGAGUCGAGUGUCAAGGCGCGAAGUGAGCGGCUGUGAAGAAACGGAGAAGCUGAGGCCAGAAGACAGAGGAGCCGCGGCGCGAGGAGACGGCAGUGCAGUGAAGGCAGAAAACGCGACAGCGGUCAAGACACAAGACCACGAAGGCGAGAGAAGAGGGACAGGCGAGAGACCGGGCCGAGGUGAGAAAGCCGGGGGUGCGGUCUUAGAAACAGUGACAAAAGAGACGAGUGCCGAGCUGGACUGUCUCCACGCCGACGGCGGCGGGUCUUCGUCGACGUCGUGUGAAGACGUGGCCUCGCCGGAGGAGAGCCUGUCUCUCUUUGCGUCUCCAAACCUUCACGAGACGGAAAAAACGGCGAACCGACUCGGAGAGACCGGAAGACACGUGGGAGAUCCGAGCCGAAGAACGAAGACAGAACUCCCCUCCUCGCCCUCUUCCGCUUCUCCCGCGUUCGCUCCUUCCGUUUCGUCCCGCUCUUCCACGUUUGCUGGUUCGUCUCCAGAGUCGCCUGGUUGGUCUGAGGGAUCCGUUUCUCUCCCCGCCGCACCCCUCUCUUCUCUCGCGCACUGUCUCCCGUCCCUCCCUGCCGAUUUUGCGGCGGCCGGAAGUCCAGAGAGAGGCAGCGUUCUCGAGGUGCGUCCUCUUCCUCGCAUGCGGCGAAUCGUGGGAGACGCCAGCGACGUGUUGCUCUCCGCGUGUCCCAGCGAAGUCCGCGCGUGGCUGACUCAGCUGCACAGCGCCGCGCAGAGGAACUUCUUCAGGAUGGUCACUGGGCUAGCUCACAAGGAGACAGUGUGA